CAUGACAAAGAGGCCUGUUUGUCUUUGUUCUGCGGUGGUAUAUAAGCAACAAACGGUCGUGGUGAUCGCCAGUUUAAAGUUACCUGGUACUGAAAUGAGACAGAUCAUGGACAAGUGUCUGAAGGCGAUGCUGGUGAUGCUGCUGGCCGCGCCCUUGGCCCUGGCCUUCCCUGCUACGACAGAGGAACCACCGACCAGCGAAGAGGACGAGGGAUUUGUGUCCCUUUUAGGCCUCGUUGUCAACAACACUGAUGCCGAAAAUGGAACCGUCCGUGUGUUUCUGAACCCUGGUUAUGGUUUAUACCCUCAACAAUAUCCUUUUUCCCAGCAAGGUGGAUUUGUUAAUUUCCCCAAUAAUCCCUCUUACCAAGGAACAGGAUACUACCCUGGCAGCGGAUAUCAAGGAACAGGAUACUACCCUGGCAGCGGAUAUCAAGGAACAGGAUACUACCCUGGCAGCGGACUCUAUCCGUAUUUACAGGACUGUACAUAUUGGUGUCCACGACCGGGCUACAACGGAGAAGUCUAUUGCUGCACACAAUAGCCGUCGCCCUGCCUGGCUUUCCGAUUCUUAUCCACAUUUACGAACAAUAAUGCUAAUACUUCCUGCUGGCUGAUUUCCAAGUCAUCAUUACAGUGGUUACAUUAACCGCAAAGACUGCUAUUUGACGAAGCCUUUGCAGUUUAACUGGAAUGGUAUCCACCCAGCUGUAUCCUUAUGUGCAUAACUACAAUGGUCCAAAUCUGCAACUUUGGUUCAGAUAAUACAUUUAGCUGCUUGGAAUAUUGUUUUUUAUCCAAAUGAUUUGGUGUAUACAUUUAUCAUUUACCUUUUUCAUAUUUUGUAAUUCUAGACUGAAUAAACUCGAUAUAAAUA